AUGUUUCGGACGGUGUUCGGCCGCGCCACGGCCAGCGCCGCGGCGGCCGGCGCGGCGGGCACGGCUGCCGCCGGGACCGGCCAGGCGCACGCGCACGCGCGGCCGGUGCGGAUCUACGCGGCGGGCACCCUGGUCGAUGAGCGCGCAGACAACCCCGGUCUCAAGAUUGAGGAAGACUGGCAAGUGCCUCAACUCCAAGGGGAGGAGAUCCUCUUCUCGACAGAUGAAAUCGACCAGACCAUCCAGGAGAUCACUAGCAUCGCCACCGGGCGUGUGAAGAUCUGCACGUCGGACAAUGACAGUGUGGAGGCAGACGCCCUCGACAAUGAUGUCAACGCCGUCAUCGACCAAACAAACGUUGUGCCGGCCAACCAGGGCAUGCAGCAGCUGGGCAAGAUGACGAACAUCAUGCUUAAUCGCCCUUCCAUCCAGCGUGAGAUUCUGCAGGCCUUCCAGCAGGAGCCUGAGCUGAGGUCCAUGAUCAAUUCUCUAUCUACUCAGCAGGGUUGCGAUGCUGCUUUGGGCUUCAGUCAGAGGGCUGCACUGGCACCUGCUGUGGACCCCUGUGUGGAGGACGUCACCGAUGGGCAGCCAAGGCACUUUCUCCACGCGCUGGUGCAUGACAUUGCCCAUGGCCUUGAGAUGGCUGGCGCAGGCGUGGCCAGGGCUGGCCAACAGGUCGGCAACUUUCUGGGCCGUCUGGGCCGCUGGCUGCGUGGGGCCGGCGAUGCCGCCAGCCGCAGCGAUGCCUCCAACGCUGAGAAGAUCCUGGGACUGACUAUGUGCUUUGCGAUGAUCGUGAUGGCUGUCCUCGUUGCCAAGCGGGUGGGAUUCGUCCAGGUUGCUUCACGCCGAUGA